CCUCCCCAGCUCGGCUGCUGGGGCCAGGCCCUGCCGGCACUGACCCCCUGGCCGGUGGGACCCCGAAUUCAAGCCUCUUCUCGUGUGGGUGUUUGGACAGAGCCAGGCCAGCCGAGUGAGUGUCCAUUCAGACCCCCUAGCCAGGGCCUCCCUGCCCACUGCCUAUCGUGCCCUCCAGGUGCCACCCGGCCACGAAGGUCCAAGGCCCAGUGCUCUGCCCGGCCAGACCUCCUCCCCGCCGCCCCCACGCUGCCCUACCUGCUCCCGGCCUCUCUUCACGGCCGACACACCACACACCAGCUGCAGACGGUUCCCAGGGGAAGGUGACAUGUGGCACUGGAGACAUGCCCCAGGGCAGCAGCGCCGGGCAGCAUCCUCAGCAGUGUGGGGACCCGGCAGGGCCUGUGCUCAGAGGUGCAUCCUGGAAGACUUGCUGGAGGAGCCGGUUCCUGCCUGCCGCCCCGCCACCAUGCACUCCCUGGACGAGCCGCUGGACCUGAAGCUGAGCAUCAGCAAGCUGCGCGCGGCGAGAGAGAAGCGGGAGCGUGCGCUGAGCGUGGUGCGACCCCGCGCUCUGCACAGGGACCUGGGCCUGGUGGCCGACAGCCCCACGCCCGGCUCCCCCGGCUCCCCGCCCUCAGGUAGUGGCCCCGGCUUCCUGCUGAACCCCAAGUUUCCUGAGAAGGUGGAGGGCCGCUUUUCUGCUGCCCCUCUGGUGGACCUCAGCUUGUCCCCUCCGUCCGGGCUGGAUUCCCCCAACGGCAGCAGCUCGCUGUCACCUGAGCGCCAGGGCAACGGGGACCUGCCUGCGGUGCCCACGGCCCCGGACUUCCAGCCACUGCGCUACCUGGACGGCGUCCACAGCUCCUUCCAGUUCUUUCUGCCCUUGGGAUCUGGGGGCGCCCUGCGUCUGCCUGCUUCCUCCUUCCUCAACGCCCCCAAGGACAAGUGCCUCUCGCCAGAGCUCCCCUUGCCCAAGCAGCUGGUGUGUCGCUGGGCCAAGUGUAACCAGCUCUUUGAGCUCUUGCAAGACCUGGUGGAUCACGUCAAUGACGACCACGUCAAACCCGAGAAGGACGCAGGCUACUGCUGCCACUGGGAGGGCUGUGCCCGCCACGGCCGCGGCUUCAACGCCAGGUACAAGAUGCUCAUCCACAUCCGCACGCACACCAAUGAGAAGCCGCACCGCUGCCCCACCUGCAGCAAGAGCUUUUCCCGCCUGGAGAACCUGAAGAUCCACAAUAGGUCGCACACAGGGGAGAAGCCGUACGUCUGCCCCUACGAGGGCUGCAGCAAGCGCUACUCCAACUCGAGUGACCGCUUCAAGCACACGCGCACCCACUACGUGGACAAGCCCUACUACUGCAAGAUGCCGGGCUGCUGCAAGCGCUACACGGACCCCAGCUCGCUGCGCAAGCACAUCAAGGCCCACGGCCACUUCGUGUCCCACGAGCACCAGGAGCUCCUGCACCUCCGGCCGCCCCCCAAGCCCCCCCUGCCCACCCCUGACGGCGGCCCCUACGUCAGUGGGGCCCAGAUCAUCAUCCCCAGCCCCGCUGCCCUCUUCGGCGGGCCCGGCCUGCCCGGCCUGCCCCUGCCCCUGGCCCCCGGCCCCCUCGACCUCAGUGCUCUGGCCUGCGGCAGUGGUGGGGGCGGAGGCCCCUCGGGAGGCCUGGGUCCGGGGCUUCCAGGCCCCGUCCUGCCCCUGAGUCUGGCCAAGAGCCCACUGCUGCCCUCGCCCUUCGGCGCCGGCGGACUGGGCCCGCCUGUCAUCUCCCUCCUCGCCGGUUCCGCGGGCGGCCAGGCUGAGGGGGAGAAGCGCGGGCCGGGCCCAGCCAGGGCCCUGGGGUUGGAGGGCCGCAAGACGCCCCUGGAGAGGACUGAGGGUGGGCGCUCCCGGCCGAGCCCCGACGCGCUGUCCCUGCUGCCAGGCACCGCGCUGGACCUGUCCACGGGGGUCAACUCGGCGGCCAGCAGCCCCGAGGCCAUGGCUCCGGGCUGGGUGGUCAUCCCGCAGGGCCCCGUGCUGCUGAAGCCAGCCGUCGUGAACUGAGCCCGGGCCCGGCUCCGCCCCUGACGAACGGAAACUCUUCUGCGAAAUAGCAAUAAUGUCCCCAGGCCUGGCCAGCCCCCACUGGCCAGCAGGGAUGGUGCUAAGUCGGCACUGGUGAGCCGGGCCGGGUGCUGCCCUGACCCCCGGGUGCUGGCCCUGACCCCCGGCCCGCCGGGUCUUGCUGCCUGGCGGGUGCAGGUGGUCAUCUGGCCCUGCCUUGUCCACCCACCGGCUGGCGUGGCACUCGCCCUCCCUGAGGCUUGGGGCUCCUUUCCCACCUCUCCCCUGCUGAGCUGUGAGGAAUUUCCCCAUCCGGCUCGACUCGGGGGGCUCCCUGGACGCCUUUCCCUCUGGCCCCGCCCCCAAGGGAAAGCAAGUCAGACGCAGGCCCUGGCAAAGCCACAGGAAGCAGCAACACACCCCAACGACAAGGCGCCUCCCGCCCACCCCCCGGGAGACCUGCUCUGCCUUUGCCCCGAUAGACCCGCCCGCCCGGCCCCUGCCCUCACCGCCAGGACCCCUCUGUCCUUUUGGGAAGCCCGGGGAGGUGAGCUGCCCGACUCAGGGACAGGCGGGGCCUGGCCGUCCUGGCACAGGGACCGGGAGGCUCAGAACUGCAGGGCGGAGAGUGCAGGCCUCCGGCUUGGGGUGACACAGGGACCGGGACAGUCCCAGGGCCUAAAGACCCCCUUCCCUUCCCACUGUAGACCAGGAGCUGGGGGGUGGCAGUGGGACAUGGCAGCCCGGUCUGUCUGGGGUCCCCUGCCAUUGUCCCCCCCCCCCACCCUUCACAGUUCUGCUGACCCCGCCCUUUCCUGGACCGCCCUCUGUCCCAGAGGGGUCACCCGCCCGCCCGCCAGUGCUGGCUCUGCCCCUUGGAGGGGCUGGCGCCAGGCAGGAGGGAGCUGGCCUCCUUCCUCUGGGCACCCCGGACCCAGGCCCCCACCCGUUACGGGCCCCAGGCCUAAGCCCCUGUCGGGACAGGCGUGGAAAGAGGAGAGGGCACGGCAUGUGACUCGGUGGUGAGGGGGCCGGCGGGCCCAUCUCGCCGGUGGUUGGCGGCGCCCGGUACCAGUAUUUAACAGGUUCUAAGUGCCUUUCUACCCAGCUCACGUGUCCUCCUCUUGGCCCCGCUGCUGUCGGCAUAGUUUAAAACAGAGACGAGCUAAUGACCAUAACAAUAUAUUCCUCCGUGUGAGAGGAAGUUUAUAAAGAAACAAUAAAAGUGAGUUGCAAAGUU